AUGAGCAAUGGGCAAGGAGGUUACAACAAAGGAUACUAUAAUUACAAGUCCAACCCAGCCAUGUCAUACCGCAACACUGAUGUUGCUAACCCUCAGGACCAGGUCUAUCCUCAACAACAGCAAGCUCGAUCGAGUCAAGCCCCACAACAUGGGUAUGGUCAAAAGAACAAUUACCAAGGACCCCAAGGGACUUUUCCUGGGCAAGCUGAUGGUGUAGUGGACACAAGCAAGAAGCUAGCUGAAAUCAACUCCAAGAUCGAAAAUCUCAACACAAGAGUUUACUCUCUGGAGAAUCAUGCUUCUUCUGUUGCUGCUGCUACAAAGCAAGGACAACUACCUGGUAAAGCUAUUCAGAACCCCAAGGAACAGUGCAAGGUCAUCUUCACUCAAGAGGUCUUGAUGAAGAAGAGGAUCAAGAGAGAGCCACGAGCUGAUAGACUUGUUCAAGCCCCUUGUGUGCUUGAUGAAGAGAGCCUUCAAGCUUUGUUUGAUGAGCCACUAGGAAGGGCUCUAAAAGAAGGGGAGGAUGUAGCCUCUAAGGCAAGACCAGGUGAUAAAAGAAAGGAUCCACCAGCUCAGGCCCCUUCAUUCAAGCCAUCUCAGCUCACAAUGACCUUGUUCCCCACCAAGUUUGAAAAUGGGAAGAUUGAGUACAAGAUAAGGUACAAGGGGAGAUCAAGGCCAUUCUCUAGAGCCAAGGCCUUGGUGACUUCAGAACAGUCCAGGGACCCAACCAAGCUAAAGGAGCUUCUGUCUCAAGUCCUCACUAUCACCCUUGAUGGUGGGACUAGCUCAACCAAUGCCUAA